UCAUAUUAAUCUGCUCCACAAAUACUAGACGAACUUUCCUUAGUCCCCAAAAUGAAGCUCCAAGUAUGUAGACGAGAAGGAUCCUACCUCUCACUUAAAACAUCUACAUGUAUUGAGUGAUAGUCUUGCAUUUUAGUACCUUUGGGAGGCAUCAUGAUUCUCAUUAUGGUAAAACCCACUAAUAAAUUCUCCUCAAGCUUAUCCAAUAUCAGAGAAGAUAUCCACAACCAUAAGAUCUAAAAGUUGAAUCAGAGACAAAAAUAAAAAAAAUAAAAAAAAAAUACAAAGAUGAACGAGAUUUGUGAGUGGUUACGACUGAGAGAGGAAGCUGUUCCGGUAGGUUUUUGGAUAUAGGGUUUCCCCAAGAUAAUCAAACAAAAGAGACCCAGGAUCUUUGAGUUUAAAUCUAGAGACACUACAUUCAAUCAAAUUCGUAUUGUUUGUAAUCGUUGAAUUGCAUCGCAACAACCACUUGUGAUUUUGUCUCGUUUCAAUUGUCAUAAUUCAACACGAAUUAUGUAUUGAAAGGCAUUAUUAAUUUAUUAUCAUGCUACGAAUUUGCGGAUGUUUAAAAAUGUGUUCAUCAUUUCAUGAUAAAUUAAUUCUUAAGAUAGUGAAUGUAGUGGGCGAUUUGAUAGAUUCAAACGAAAAAAAAGUAACAACUAAAUAUCUCUAUUUUACGAUGGUAAGAUUCAAUCAAAUCGUCAUCUAUCGUUCUUCACAUUGAAUACGCAUCGUCGACAAACAGGGCACGCAAUUUUGAUGCGAAGCCAAUCAUCGAUACAAGCCACAUGAAACAUGUGCUUGCACACCGGCAUUAUUCUGCAUGGUUCGCCCCCGUCGUAAUCCUCCAAACAAAUCGCACAUUCUCUGGAUGUGGUCUCUAUACCAUCACUUCCGUACUCAACACAGGGCAAUUCCAUCAUCAACCUGCAAUACUUCCUUUGACGACGUCUUCUCCUUCUCUCAACUCCUUCCUCGAGAUUAGACUCGACUUCUACGUCGUCGCCGCCGCCUCCGUUUUCCACCACACGCCAGUAUACAAACUCGAAAAGGAUGUAAAUGAUUACCGCAAUCAAGGACGCUGCCACGAUGCAAAUGAUCGUCACGCAAACCAGCAAGAUGAUCGCCACGGUCAGGACAGCCGCAAAAUGGGGAUGAAGAUAGUUUCCUAGAGUGACAUUGGUGAAAUUUUGCGACGUCAUUCUUAUUGUUCUUGCCAUUGUUGCCAUAUGUAUUAUUAAUAUAAGCUGAUGAUAAUUGCUUGAGGUGAGUGAUACGAAGGAUCAAUGUGGGAGACGUUGUUUUAUACAUUUAAGAAAAGAAAAAUCAAUUCUUAUUGUUGAAUUUGUGUAUUGAUAUGCGCUGUGUGAAUGUCAUCAAUUGGUUAAUUAGAUAAUGAACAAAGAUUAGUUUAAGGCUUGCACAACAUGUACAACUUAAAUUAAAGCCAUUUUUCUUUGUUGAUCGCAAUUAUGAGUUAAGCGCAUUUGGGUUUUCAAUAGAUUUUGUUGAGCAAACUAUUUCGUUUGAAAUGAAAAUCUUUAGUUUCAGAACAAGUUCAUGAUUUUCGUUGCAGGAGAAAGUUCUUCUCAUUUGUUUCCUUUUCAACUGUAAUAAAAGAUUAAUGCAAUAGGACUAAUGCCUAUUUAUUUAGAACCACUUCUUGUUUUCCAAGUUAAUUUUUUUUGUCAGUAUCUAAUUACUAGUUUGACAAAUUCACAUUAUUAAUUCAAUUUUAUUCGUUGCGAAAGAAAAUCCAUCACAAACAGCAAAUUAAAUCUCAACAUUCGUGAUUAUCAAGCGAGCCCAUGACAAUGAUUUAGAUUGGUAUAAUUGCCCUACUAGUAGGCAACGCAAGAGCGGUGGCAACAGUUUAUAGUUUUUUUCUUCUUCUUGAAAAUGAAGUUUUAACCUUUUGUCGUUGGUUAUUAGAGUAAACGGGUGGUUAAACCAUGGGGCUACGAUCAACCAGUUUAUCAAAAAUUCGAAUCAAUGUGAGUCCAUGUAUUUCAUUCCCCAAUUAAUGGGAGUGGAUUGUAGUUCACCCAAAUAGUCCAUGUCUCAAUUUCACGUAAAAUAUGUUUUACUACUAUUAAAAGGAUCAUCGUGUCUACUAAUCGCAACAAAAUAAUCAUCAAAUUCAGGUGCGAAAAAGAAAUUAUAUUCGUGACUAUUAUGAGUUAUUAUGUAUCUAAUAUCCAUUAGAUAUUGAGUUACCAAGUGUAAAUAAUUAAUUGUACCAAAUUGGCAACAACUGUCAACUUUCACUACAACUGAUUAGGGGUGUUCAAACGGUGUGGUUACCAUGGUAAUCGUCUUAACCAGUACUAUUUGGAUAAUUUGGUCUGGUUAAUUUGGAUAAUUGAUUUGGUUUGGUUGAAAUUCUUAGCUUGUUUGGUUUAGGUUGUUUGGUUUCAGACACUCCUACUCAAUAGGCAGACGUUUAUACUUGAAUCCAAUAAAUAACAUCAACAUAUAAAUUUACAAAAUGAAUAAUAAAAUUAUUUUUUAUUAAUAAAAUUCAUGAAGACAACGCCAUUUUACUUGAAUGUCGCGUAAAUCAAUCAUACCAAUCAUACUAAUGUGGUUCACGUCAAUUUCGUAAUCGACACAAGUUAAAGCGAAUUCAACCAACACCGACAAACCAACCACAGUAAUUACGAGAAUUUUACAAUACUUUAAAGCAUUGGUGCUUUAGUUUUUUUUUUUUUGUCUCUAUGGUACAACUUCGAGUUGUACCUAUACUCUUUUGAAAAUUCCCUUUAAAAUUUCAUUUGUCUGAAGCGACCGCUACUUCGGGGUAUCAAGAUGUGUCAUAUGGGUAGUUAAGUUAACGGUGAUGACAGUACAUUUUGCUAAUUAUAUAUUCAUUUUCAGGUUAAGCAGAUGGAACCAUACAAGAAUAUUUUUUCUGAUUCAGGAGAUGAAGAAACAGAAGACAGUGAUGUUGAUAUGAAGACGGUGGUUUCUGGUAGAAGAAGCAAGGCUUUGUCACAGCUGAAGUCCAAGGCGUCUACAUUACGGUCAGUGCACUUUUCACCUCUUCUUCUACUGUAAGGGGUGGGUAUCAAGGGUACGACCGGUUGGGUUGUGCAGGUUAAUGGUAUGAUUAAUUGAUUUUUUUUUAUUAAUAAUUUUAACAACGUGUCAUGUUGAUUGGGCAAAAGAAAACAGAGUUUUGGACGGGAAGUGGGCGGAUUGACCAAUUCGUUAUUCACUCAAAUUUGCUUUAUCGAAAUGUACAAAAUUAAAGGAUUGUGACCGUUUUGUACAAAGUGAAUAGGUUUGUAACCAUUUAUGAUAAUUAGCCUCCAGAGGUUUGUCGAUGUGUCUCAAAGUGUUCUGAUUGAAGCUGUUUGUCCAAAGAAAGUUAACCAACCUGUGCCAUUUGAAUUCUCCGACUGUUAAAUUGAUGUAAAGUGGUGGAUUCAUGUAUCGCAUUAUAUAUGUAUUGAUAAAUUUGUUGUAUUGUACCUUUGAAAUUUGUGAUUGUUUUGGUGAGAUUGUUACUAUACAUGUAAUGUUUAUAGUGCAUCAUUUUUUUUUAAAAAAAAAUUUAGCUGAAACAAUACAUGGAUUAUUGGAUUGUUUAUGCGAUAUGACAGAAACUAUCACUCAAAAUGAGUGAUUGUUAUAUCUCAAUUUUUAACUGUGAUUGUUGUGAUAGUUGAGUUGAGAUUAUUUUUGUCUCAGUUUAUCAGGGGUGGGAGGGCUGGGCUGAGCUGAGAUGGGGCUGGAACUACUGCUCGGGGAUGAGGGAGCAGCCGGGUUGGGAAAUAAAAUAAUAGUCUGAAGAGUACUCGUUAUUUUGGGGUUUAAUGGUUUUAAUUUCUAUUUUUUUUAUUUUCAAUUUUCUGUUUUAAUUUUCUAUUUGGCCAGGAUGUUUAUUAAAAGCAUUUUUCUAUUUUUUCAAAAAAAAAAAUGAUAAUAGGUAGAAAUGAAAAAAAAAUUGAAAUUUGCUGAGUUGGCAGUUACAUGGCGCGUUGACCGUUAAUCAACGCGUUUGACCAUUCAAAUUAAUGGUCAAACAUUGGGUUUGGCCAAUUUAGUUAUUUUGAUAUACAGUUUUUGUUAGGAUGUUAUAGAUCGAAAAAAUUAACUAGUAAGUUUAUU